GGAAUUAUCUGGCACUUCAUCUGAAUAUGACUGAACCAAACUAAGAGAUGAUUAGCCCUGCCUCUCCUCUCUUACCUUUCUCUGCAAUAAAAUCUUAGGGCAAAGGAGGGCACCAAUACAUUUUAUCACUUUCACUGGGGAACUGCAUCUCUCUCUUCCCCCCUCUCACUCUCUCUCUUCCUUUUUUUUUAUUUGCACAUAUCUGAAAAAUAACUUUGUGUUGUUCUUAGUGUCUUUCAUCAACUUCACCUCAUCUUAAUCUUUUAGCAUUUUUGAUGCCAUUGCUAUAUUUUGGCCUCUAUUUACCCUUGUAGUUUAUAAUUCAUUCAUCUCCUAAAUAUGCCUGUUAUGGGUGCAACCUCAAUCCUGAGGUUGUUUGCCUGCCUCGGAGCUCUUAUUGAAUAGGAUGUGUUACUUGGAACCCUGACAGUCAGCUUUCUUACUUUUUUGUGCACAUGGAUCCUUUCUACCACCCUCUUUCUCCCAACCCCAAUUGAAACUGUUUACAAAUCAGUUUCUGCUAUCUGCUUUUUUUUAAAAAAUCACCCACCUUCCAUUGCAUUUUCUCCAUUAACUGCUCCCACCAUGAAAUGCUAUUAUAAUUGUUCUGAGUUCAUUAAAACCUACCUCAGCAUUAACUUCUCUUAAAAAAACAAAAAGUCCACUAUUGCAUAAUACCUUCCACUCAAUGCUCCUAUUACCCCCAUUUUUUCAGCAAAGUCUUCCCUUUGAGUUAAAUCAGUUGAAGUACAGCUAAAUCUUUACACAAUAGAGAUACAACAAUAGAAAUUCUACAAGAAAACUAGCUUCCUUUCUUCAUAAAAAAUCAUUAUUGCCUAUUCCUAAUUUUACUUACUCUCACUUUCUCACACACAUACACAAAACGCUUGUUACAAAAACAGAGAAUUGAUUUUAUGCUCCUGUGACAAAUUUAUUUUGCUAUCUUGCAUAAGAUAUUUUUCUAUAUCUUUCUUUAAGCAGCUUUAAAUUAGCUAUCUUGCAGACAUAAAGAUUUUCAACUAAAUUCUGAUUUCACAUGCAUCAACUGGAACACUUGAAAGGCACAGGAAAUUCUACUUUACAAGCCACAAACCAAAGAAAGAACACGCUGGGCAACAUUAAACAGAGCUACUUCUGUUUUUCUGAUAAGACAGCAGAUUUGAGGCGAUUCCUACAAUUUGGCUCUACUUUGAAAGAUUCUAGAUGGCUUCAACCAAUUCUUCAGACUGCAAUAUUUAUUCUCAGAUGCAGCCAUUCACUUAUAUUUAUUAUUUGAUUUUUCUUAUUGGGUUCAUCGGCAGCUGUUUUGCCCUCUGGACCUUCCUGAAGAACAAGAAGCAUCGCAAAUGCAUAAAUGUUUACUUAAUUAACCUACUGACCGCAGAUUUUUUGCUGACCCUUGCCCUGCCAGUGAAAAUAAUUGUAGAUUUAGGAGUUGCCCCGUGGAAACUGAAAAUAUUCCACUGUCAAGUCACAGCAUGCCUGAUCUACAUUAAUAUGUACUUAUCAAUCAUAUUCUUGGGAUUUUUAAGCAUGGACCGAUGUCUCCAAUUAACAAAGGGAUACAUGAUCUAUAGGAUUCAGGAACCUGGUUUUGCCAAGAUGAUUUCAGCAGUGGUAUGGAUAAUGGUUCUCUUCAUAAUGGUACCAAAUAUGAUUAUUCCAAUCACAGAGGUCAAAGAAUCACCAAAUGUGGGAUGCAUUGAUUUCAAAACAAAAUUGGGAAGAGACUGGCACGUGUUCACCAAUUUCAUAUGUACUGCAAUAUUUCUGUAUUUUUCAGCUAUGGUGCUCAUCUCUAACUUUCUCGUGAUCAGAUUACUUUUUCAAAACAAAGGCACAGAAGGCUAUCCCAAUGUAAAAAAGGCUCUGGUAAACAUCCUUUUAGUUACCGCAAGCUACAUUAUAUGUUUUCUUCCUUACCAUAUUGUUCGAAUCCCAUAUACGCUAAGCCAAAGCAAAGCUCUAAUCACAGACUGUUUUCUCAGAGAAUCUCUCUACAAAGCAAAAGAAUCCACUUUGCUUUUUGGUGUAUCAAAUCUGUGCUUUGAUCCCAUUUUGUAUUUUUAUUUUUCAAAAACAUUUAGACUAACAGUAACUAAAAGUUUUGCAUCCUUUAAAGGUAGACACGUUUCUCUAGAUGAUCAAGAAAUGCAUGGAGAGAAAACACCAGACUUUCCGGUUACAGCUGAGACUGCAAUCCUUUCCGCAUGAACGGGACAUUAAAAAUGCAUUUGUUCUUCAACUUCA